ACUAGAACAACCAAAAUGGGUAUCUUGUUUUGCUUUCUCUUCGUUCUUAUCUCUUCUGCAACCGCCUGUGAUCGCUGUGUGCAUCAAUCCAAAGCUGCUUAUUUCUCUCAAGCAUCUGCACUUUCAGCUGGGGCAUGUGGUUAUGGUCCCCUGGCUAUAGGCUUGAAUGGUGGACACCUUGCAGCUGGUGUUUCUUCACUCUACAAAGAUGGAGCUGGUUGUGGUGCUUGCUUUCAGAUAAGAUGCAAAAACUCAAAACUCUGUACCAGCAAAGGAGCUAAAGUGAUCCUGACUGACAUCAAUAAAAAUAACCAGACAGACCUUGUUCUGAGCAGCAGAGCCUUCAGGGCCAUGGCUAACGAGGGCAUGGACAGAGACAUCUCGAGACUUGGUAUAGUGGACGUAGAAUACAAGAGGGUACCAUGUGACUACAAAAACCAGAACUUAGCAAUACGUGUAGAAGAAUCAAGCAAGAAACCAAAUUACUUGGCAAUAAAAUUGCUAAAUCAAGGUGGACAGACAGAAGUAGUAGCAAUAGAUGUAGCUCAGGUGGGUUCAAUAAAUUGGGGCUUCAUGAGCAGGAACUAUGGGGCAGUUUGGGACACAAGUAGGGUACCAGCUGGGGCACUACAAUUCAGAUUUGUAGUGACAGCAGGGUAUGAUGGGAAGUGGAUUUGGGCAAAGAAAGCAGUGCUUCCAGAGGACUGGAAAAAUGGAGUGGCUUAUGACACUGGAGUUCAAAUUACUGAUAUUGCACAGGAGGGUUGUUCACCGUGUGAUGCUGGGGACUGGAAAUGAUAAACUGGGUCAUUGCCACUGCUAUACAUAACUAUGUUGAUAGAGAUGUGAUCUAUAUGUAUUAGCUAGUUUGGAUUGUUACAUACCAAAAAUCAUCAAAAUCGAUUCAGUUUGAAAUGUUGAAUAAUUCAGAGCAUCAGGAAAUAUAUAGAAAGCAUUUUUGUAUUAUGUCAUCUUUAUCUUUUGAUC